AUGACCACCAACUUUGGCAGCCCCGACUCCCUGGCUGAGCUUUCCGCCCUCGUGGAGCGAACGCUCAUAGAAACCGGGCGAUUGUUUCGCAAAUCAAAUUCCCUACCCGCAAGCACCCAGCUUCAACGCUCUAUCCCCACAUAUUACGAUGGCUUCCAGGACGCGCUGGACAGCCUAUCCGAACAGAUUUUCAUCGCAAAGGCCUUCCUAGAGAAGGACUACGAAGCUAUUAAGGCACGCGAGGUAGUGCCCCAACCCACCGAGGAUGUAUCCAUGAGCGGAGUCGACCAGAAAACGGAGACGAGUCCACUACCACUACUAUCGACCCUCGAACAAACGGACCUAGCCUCGCAACCUCUAAAGGUCGAACCCACAUCAGACGAAAAUGCAGCGGCAGGUAUCUCCGCACCUACAGAAGCUAUCCCACCACCGCAACCCAACGAACCCGCGCUCAAAAUAGAAGAGAAAGAGACGGGAGGCGUUGCGCCAAUGGACCAAACACUCCCCGGGGGUACUGAAGGCAUUCAAUUCGACACGGUCCUCGACGAGGGCGGAGCCCCCAACUCGUUCGACCUCAAUUACGACUUUGGCAAUGACGACAUGGGCAAUCAAGCCUUCCUCUCCGGAACGGCCUUUGGCAGCACCACGACCGGCCCCGAUAAGCAGCCCGGUGCCUCCCUCCCACCGGCCGACAAUGCGACCGCGAUCCCUGCGGGCGGGGGUGCGUUCGACAUGGAGCUGGGCAAGGCGGAUGGCGCCAAUCCAUUCCCGGACUCGGGGACCGGGAUGGACGAUAUGAUGGCUCCGGGCGAGUCGAGCUUUGAUGAUCUGUUUAUGGAGAGUGAGAACUUUGGCGAGGCUGCGGGGGGACCUGCAUCAGCUGGAGGGUGA